AUGGAAUUAAUUGUGCAAGAUCGAAGAUGGAUUAGGGAGCUGGCAAACGUAGUAACAUUGUUUCGCAAUAGAGGUAGAACAUGGUGGAUGCGACCGAUGUUUUUUCGACGAGAAUGGGAUGGAAAUGUUCUACUGAGAAAUAUAAUGGCUGAAGAAAUUAACGACACAAUAGUUAAGUUUUUGCGUAUGAAGUGGGAAGAUUAUUAUUUCUUGGAAUCACUCCUUGCUGCCAACAUUGAAAGAAUGGAUACAAAUAUGCGUGAUGCCAUCACACCUCGUGAACGUUUGCUGAUAACAUUGAGAUAUUUAGCCACCGGGGAAACAUAUGCGAGCCUCCAGUUUUUGUUCAAGGUAUCACAGUCGUCUAUCCGAUCAAUUAUACCUGAGGUAUGCGAUUGUUUAAUUGCUGCGCUGCAAGAAUAUAUAAAGCUACCAUCUAACAAACAACAGUGGUUGGAAAUCUCUGAUAUGUUCAAACAACGAUGGAAUUUUCCUCACGCGGUAGGAGCAAUUGAUGGCAAACACGUUCCUAUUCGCUCUCCAAAGCACAGUGGUUCUGACUAUUUUAAUUAUAAGAAGUUUCACAGUAUUGUUAUGUUAGCAUUAGUGGACGCUGACUACAAUUUUUUGUACGUUAAUGUUGGUGGACAAGGAAGUAUUUCGGACGGUGGAAUUUUUAAGAAUACUCAGUUAUAUGAAAUGCUAGAAACGAACAGACUGGACAUUCCGGAUCCAGAAAUCUUACGAGUACCUUAUGUAACAAAGGUGCCCUACUUCAUUUUGGGUGAUAAAGCUUUUGCUUUUACGAAUUAUUGUAUUAGACCGUACGGAGGAGCUGAUAACACACUUGGAGCGAUACAACGUACCUUUAAUUAUUUUCAGUCUCGUGCUCGCAUGACAGUAGAGAACACGUUCGGUAUUGUUAGUAACCGCUUUCAAGUUAUAAGAGGUCCCAUAUUACUAGAACCUCAAAAAGCGCGAAAAGUUGUGUUAACUGCGGCCUAUUUACAUAACUUUUUACGCAAGAGAGCCUCAAGGGAUUAUUACAUGCCAACUGCUUCCCUUAACCGAAACACGACUAAUAGGACUCAAACGGCUCUGGAAAGUCUACAAACCAUCUCAACUAGGGCUCCUGAUCGUCUUUUGUGUAUUCGCAAUCAUGUCGCAAAUGAUUUAUAUUAUAAUCCUACGUAAUAUUUUCUACACCAAGGUUUAGUAUUCUUAUUCUUAUUAAAUAUCAAUGUAAAGUAUCUUAAUGCUGAAUAAAAUAAUUAAAAACUGCGCCAUUACUGCAAUUAACAACGUGACGCUGGAGGAUUAUGACAUCGAGUGCUUCAUCUUGCAUACGGAUUUUAAAUGGAGCAAAUACUACGAUCUUGCGUUGAUGAGUCGAUUUUAUGAACUUUAUCCGACCUGGCGGUCUUGUGCUAUUCCUUGUGCUUGUACUAUUUUAAAUACGCUAACUAUUUUGUAUAAUACGCUUACCGUGU